AUGGCUGCCAAACCCCCGGACCCAGUUUCGGGUUCCACGAGACCCCCUAUUGCCUUGUCUUGGCCGGAUGGGAAAGUUGUGAAGGACAAGGAGACUCAACACCAAAAGAAAAGACCCAGGGCUUUCGACCUUACUAAAGAUGCGAAGUUGGACGAUGAGAUGCUAGAGGACAGUGUUGAAAUCAAAACUCAAACCAAAACGGAUACACCCAAAGGAUCAUGA